AUGUUCACGGUGCUGACCCGCCAGCCCUGCGAGCAAGCGGGCCUCAAGGCCCUCUCCCGCACUCCAGUGGUCAUCGCCUUGGUGGUCCUGAUUGUGAGCGUCGUGGUCCUCGUGGCCAUCACCCUCAUCCAGAUCCACCAGAAGGAGGUCCUCGUCCCGGGACUGAAGUACGGAAUCGUGCUCGAUGCCGGGUCUUCCAGAACCACUGUCUACGUGUACCAGUGGCCGGCGGAGAAGGAGAACAAUACCGGGGUGGUCAACCAGACCAGCAAGUGCGGCGUGAGAGGCUCGGGGAUCUCCAGCUAUGGGAAAAACCCCCAAGACGCCCCCAAAGCCUUCGAGGAUUGCUUGCAAAAAGCCAAGGAGAAGAUUCCAGCCCACCUGCUGGGGUCCACGCACGUCUACCUGGGUGCCACGGCGGGGAUGCGCCUGCUGAGGUUGCAAAAUGAAACAGCAGCCAAUGAAGUCCUUGCGAGCAUCCAAAACUACUUCGAGUCCCAGCCCUUUGAUUUUAGGGGUGCUCAAAUCAUUUCUGGGCAAGAGGAAGGGCUAUAUGGAUGGAUUACAGCCAACUAUUUAAUGGGAAAUUUCCUGGAGAAGGACCUAUGGCGCAUGUGGGUGCAUCCCCACGGAGUGGACACCACAGGCGCCCUGGAUUUGGGUGGCGCCUCCACCCAGAUAUCCUUCGCGGUGGGAGAGAAGGUGGAGCUGAACACCAGCGACAUCAUAAAGGUGUCCCUGUACGGCUACGUGUACACCCUCUACACCCGGAGCUUCCAGUGCUACGGGCGCAACGAGGCCGAGAAGAGGUUCCUGGCAAUCCUCCUGCAGAAUUCCACCACCGACACCAACGUCACCAAUCCCUGCUACCCUCGGAGUUACGUCACCAACUUCACCAUGGGCCGCCUCUUUGACAGCCUGUGCACGGAGGACCUGAGGCCUGGAGGUUAUGACCCCGAUGACACCGUCACUUUCGAAGGAACCGGGGACCCCUUACUAUGUCGGGUGAAGGUGGCUUCCCUCUUUGCCCCCAGAGCUUGCCACGACCGAGAAAUCUACUGCUUCGACAGCAUUUAUCAGCCAAAGGUUAAAGGAUCUUUUGUGGCCUUUGCGGGGUUCUACUACACCGCCAACGCGCUCAACCUCACGGGCAGCUUCUCCCUGAGCGCCUUCAACGCCAGCGCCUGGGACUUCUGCUCACAGGACUGGAGUCAGCUCCCGCAGCUGCUGCCCCAGUUUGAUGAGCUGUACGCCCGCUCAUACUGCUUCUCGGCCCACUAUAUCUACCACUUGCUCGUGAAUGGGUACAAAUUCACCGAGGACACCUGGCCCCAAAUACAUUUCAAAAAAGAGGUGGAAAACAGCAGCAUAGCUUGGUCUCUUGGCUACAUGCUCACCCUGACCAACCAGAUCCCAGCCGAAAUCCCCCUGAUCCGCCUGCCCUUGAAGCUACCUACCUUUAUGAGCCUCCUCGCCUUCUUCACGGGAGUGGCCUUGCUGUGCCUGGCCUUCCUGGUGUACCUGUAUGUGAUGUCUAAGAAUCAGAGGCGCUCCCAGCAUGCUUUGGACCAUGCAGUGGAUUCCGAGUGA